AUGCGCAAGUCCGCAAUCCACACCGGCAAGUCGGGCGCCGACCCAGCGCACCGCAUCAUCGAGUCAACAGUCGACAAGCGCACCGGAUCUCCCACACAGGCACACUCCUUCUUCGGCUCCUUCAUCGACGCCCUCAGCGGCCAGCGGCACAACAGGGCGGUCGAGCACGAGCAGCAGGAGUCGUUGCUGGAGGAGUUUGUCAACAUCGGCGAGAGGGCCAAGGCGGCCGACCACCGGGGGGACGUUGCACAGGCCAGGCUGCUGUACCAGCAGGCUCUCGAGAAGGCGCGGCAGCUGCCCGCCUGCUACCCGCGGAAGGAGUCGGUGGACGAGGUGGUGCAGCGCUUUCGCCAGCGGCUGCGGGAGCUCACCACAUCAAGUAGGACGGAGGGAGAAUGAAUGGGCGUUUGAUGUCCUGACGCUGUGCUGUUUGGCCUGCCUGUGUCUGUGUCUGUGUAGGUCCUUCGUCUGCCCCUCCAUAUGCGACAUCUCAGUCAGCAGGUGUGGCCCAGCGACGCAGGUCGGUCGCUGCGGGCGGGGCGGGGCGGGGAGCCGCCACACGACCCCCUGCUGCUGCCGGGGCGGGGGCAGCGGCACAACAGGUGAGUCCUCUCACAGGAACGGACCGAUCAGCUUGCAAUCUGUAUGUGUGUGUGUGCGCGCGCGCGUGUGUGUGUGGUACGUCAGGUUGACGAGAUGGAGCGUAAGAUAGAGGAGAACAUCAUGGAGAGCACGGGCCAUGUCGCAUGGGACGAUAUCGGUGAGAAGACAAGACGACAGACAGUACACACGCGCGCACACACACGCGCCGACACACACACGGUGUACUUGGUGUGCCUUGUCUUGUGUUGUGGGUGUGCUGUGUGUGUCAGUUGGUUUGGAUUUGGCAAAGAGUGUGUUGAUGGAGACGAUUGUGCUGCCGACACUCAACCCAUCCGUAUUCACUGGACUCAGGACACCACCAAAGGGUCAGUGCAGCGCCACGAACGACAGAUGCAUGGAUGGAGGCAUUGACCGACCGACCGACCGACCGACCAGCCGGCCGGCCAGCUGAGCACCUCUGUGUGCCCUGUGUGUGUGUAUGUCUCAGGUGUGCUAUUGUUUGGCCCUCCGGGUAAUGGUAAGACGUUCAUCGCCAGGGCGGUCGCGUCGCAGUGCAGGGUAAGAUCAUAUUCGUCCCACACACACUGGCAUGGACGACAGACAGACACCAUUUGUGCCGUCUGUCUGUCUGUGUGUGUGUGUGUGUGUGGCACACAGGCGACGUUUUUCACGGUCUCAGCCUCCUCCCUCACCUCCAGAUGGGUGAGAAGGAGAGAGAGGCACACACCGCACUGCAGCGAUGGUGAGACGUCGCACUGGUCUGUCUGUUUGGUUGUGUCUGUCUGAUGUGUGUGUGGAUCAGUUUGGUGAGGGCGAGAAGCUUGUCCGUGCUCUGUUUGCUGUCGCCAGGAAGCGACAGCCAUCGGUACAAGGCAGGCACACUCACACAUGACUGGCAAGGCGGGGCGGGCAAUCCAAUCCCCUGAGUGUCCUGUCCUUGGUGUGUGUUGUCAGGUGGUGUUUAUCGACGAGGUGGACUCCCUGCUGUCAGCCAGAUCGCAGAGUGAGUGUGGUUACCACACACACAGACACAGAUACACACACACACAGACACAGACACACACAACACCACCCCGUGUGAUGUCCGAUAUUGUCUGCAGACGAGCAUGACGCGAUGCGGAGGCUCAAGACAGAAUUCCUGGUGUGUAGGCUGGCACUGAUUGACUGACAUGCAAACGCAUCCAAAUAAGGGAACUGUCUGUCUGACUGUCUGUCUUUUCCUCGGUGGUGUGUGCAUCAGAUAGCUUUUGACGGCGUGACGUCGUCCAAGCAGGACCGAAUCCUCGUCCUGGGUCAGGGAGGGAGUGUGUCAACAUCGGCAGCAAGCAACCAACACACUGCCAUCUCACUCUGGUGGCGCUUGUGUGUCCUUCCUUAAUUCAGGCGCCACCAACCGCCCCAUGGACCUGGACGAGGCAGCACUCAGGCGAUUUGUAAGCCACACAUACACACACAGCCGAGAGACACGACACACAAACAAGCCAGACAGACGGACAGACGGGAGACUGUGUGUGGGUCUUUGCUUGUUCUCAUCAGCCGAAGCGGAUCUUCAUUCCUCUGCCGGAGCCUGGUGAGACACACGCGUCACAUCGAUCCCUGGGUGGCGCGACAUCCAUGUGUGGUGUUCCUGUCCGUUGGUGUGCGUCAGCGACCCGGAAGGCGCUGAUUAUGAAGCUGCUGGGCAAGAACAAACACGACCUCAAGGGACGGGCGCUCGACAGACUCGUGGCCGACACUGACGGUAGGCAUGCAAACAACGCAACGCAGCCACACACGCACGCGUGUUAACAACACGUCGGCUUCGGUUUCUGUGUUGGUUCCUUCAGGUUACUCUGCGAGCGACCUGACGGCCCUGUGCUCGGAGGCAUCACUCGGCCCCAUAAGGUUCGGCGGCCGGCUUUGCUUUGCAUGUCGCUGCAUUAAGUCUAUCUAUCUGCCGCUAUCUGCUGUCUGUCUGUCUGUGUCAGGGAGUACUCGAGCGACCCGGCAGCACUCGCACGGAUCAGGCCAGAGCAGGUGAGCUGAGCGAGCUGGAUAAAGGAUAACGACAGACAACACGAGAUGCCACUCACUGUAUCAGCCAUCCACUCCACUUACUGCCGCUCUCUGUGUGUCGCUGAUGGACGUCUUGCCUGCAGCUGCGCGCCAUAAAGUACUACGACUUCGAGUCCGCCCUGCAGAUGAUCAGGCCGUCCGUCUCCAAGGUCAGUCGAGUCUCACAUACCUGUGAACCGAGCCCACAUAUCUACCUCUGGCCCCUGCUGACUGCGUUUCUUUGUGUCUUCAGGAUGCCCUCGACCAGCUUGUUCGGUGGAACGAGCACUUUGGCGCAUACAGUCCCGGAUGACGAUGACAUGCGCACCGCGUCCAUGGUGCCUGCCUAUGUCGGUGCUGUGUCUGGGAGCGGGUCGAUCUGGUGGAGGGCACAUGAAUGCAGGGGAAUGUGUGUUUCUGCAUGCCUUGGCUGUCGGUCGGCCGAUUGCUGCUGCCGGGCCACCCCCGGGUGGGCUGCCGUGUGGGGAUGGGCGGUUGGCUGGUUUGUCGGUUGGCGGCGUAUUUGUGUAAGAGUGCCUGCCUUGUACAAACUGGACAGACAGACAGACAGACAGACAGAGGGUGGGGGCGUGGCGUUGGUUCAUAAGUGAGUGAAGAUGGUUUGGGAGACAGACAGACAGAUGUCAUGGCAUUAGGACAGCAGACAGGAAUGUCACUCCAUAAAUUAUCAGAUGCAC